AUGGAUUUCAAGCGUGUAUACGUGGACUCUGAAAAGAAGCCGAAAAAAUAUAAUUAUAUCCCAGCUGGCUCUGAAACAAAUUUGAGAGAGUAUAAGUAUCAUGGAUCUGAUACCUCAAUAACUUAUAACUAUCUUCUUUCCCAUUAGAAUUAUUAAAAUGGCGUGAUCUGACGUGGACUCCUGACAACCCGUGAGUUGAUCCGGGCCAGGAAAGGUGAGCCACAUGGCGAUAGUUCUCCGGGGUGGGUUUUUGGCCUAAGGGAUAACCUUAGAUCUUUUUUCCCUACCUGCAGAAACCCCUACCGGCGCAAAGUCCCAAUACUACUCCAUGGGGAGCAUUACCGAACCUGCAAUAAGGUUCAGACAGGCCAUGGAGGAGGCAAAGGCGGUUCACCCAUCAUCUGAGCCCUGUCAGACGUUAAGGGAGUCUUUGACUGAACUUUGGGACCAAAAAAGGUUCGACCAGAUUCGGUAGGGUUUUCUCCCCGACAGACCGCUGACGUCACCAUUUUUUGGUGACGUCAGAGGAAAAAGGGUGGUGUGAGGAUAGCGCUUAGCGACAAUGCGAAGCUAUCCGUUGGACGGAGAGGGGCUGAAAUAAACCCCGACGACCCGCUAUAAUUUUAAUCUAAUCUAAUCUUUCCCCAUUAGCUGAAUUUCUCGUAAAAUUCUUUCCCAAAUGAAUAUCGUAAACUCCACUUAGACCAAACGCCAUCACUGCUGCUGGCUGUGCGUGCUCGGUUUCUACUUAUUUAGUUACUGUUUAUAUAUGUGGUCGAGAUACUGAAUGCAGGAUCCCAAAUUAUUGAAUCCUUGUCAGCGCUGUGCUUUAUUUUGGAUGGCUUAUUCUUGAUAAUAUAGAUGGCAAGCAGGCAAGACGCAUUCAGCUUUCAAGUCCUUUAGGGAUGGUUUUUGACCAUCAAGUUGAUGCCCUCCAUGCGACGAUAACUCCUGCUUUUCUCGCUCAAGCAUUUUUGGCUGGAAAAGAAAGGCUCUAUCUGCUCGCGUGGUUCAUAGGAGGGACACCUUUCUUUUUUGCUACAUGGGAAGAACUUUAUGUGGGCAAAAUGGAGUUCGGAGCUCUUAAUGGGGCAUCUGAUGGCUCACUGCUUAUGGGACUUAUGAUGUUUGCACUUGGAAUUAUUGGCCCCGACUAUUUUUCUGGAAACUAUAGUGAAGAUAUCAAGUACAGAGAAAUUGUAUUUGUGAUUGUAUUAUCUUCAGCUGUAGCAAUCAGUGUCCUGAAGUAAUUCUCAAUUAGUGUUUACAACGUACUGCAAGUUUCCAAGAAAUUUGAGCCAUAUUUAAAAACCUUUUCCUUUUUUUAUAUUUCCCUAGCUCUAUUAUUGGCAAUUUACCUUUCACCUUCAGACCUAUGGUACAAUGCUGGGAGAGAAGUAGGGCUGUGUAUUGGAUUUGUGUUUGCUAACUCCCCCCUUCCGUGAGUGAACAAAACCAUUAAAAAAAUCCCUAUUUUUUGCCCAAAAAACCACCCUCUGUGAGUGAACAAACAUUUUUUAAGGAAAAAAAAAAUUAUAUAUAAGUGAUAACUAGUAUAAUGAAAUCUAGAGCUAAUUCUGUUUAAUUUUAAACAAAUUGCUUUUUAAAACAUAAAUUUUAUAAAUUAAAUUAAUAUUUGCUUUCCAAUUUUUGCGAAUUAAGAUUUUUUUAAAUUUCGAAAAAAAAAUAUUUUCAUAAAAUUUAUAUAUAAAUUUUUUUAAACAAAAAAAAUUAACCCCCCCUCCGUGAAUGAACAAAAUUUUUUUGUUCACUCACCGAGCGGGGGGAAGUAAAGAAAUUGCCCUCAUUCAAAUUGCACAUGUGACAAGUACAAAAUAUAAGCCGCUGCAAUGGGCGAAUUUUGUAAUAAUCAGUGGGAUGAUUUUGAAUACGCUAACACAUGCAUAUGGAAUUAAUAUUUUUGAUGAAUACCGAGCUCAACUAGUACUUUCGAUAGCUGCAUUUUUAAAUUACGCUCAUUUGGCUAUCUAUUUGCCGUUGGAAUUCGCUGAAAUCCUCGAAAUCCCUAUUUUCAGAGUACCACGUAAAAUUUACACAGGCGAAAAACAAACAUAA